AUGUCGUGCUCUGACGUGCUAAACCUGGCCGCCGCUUCGCGCGCAUUCAACUACCUAAUCUACCACACUCCCCAGGUCUUCCGUCGCCUAGAUUUGUCCAAUGUCAAGACUGCGCAGCUUGAUAUUGAUGGCGUCGGCGGUAUCGAUCGCGGAGGACAAGUCUGGCGCAAUGUCCAAAUGGACGAGAACCUGAGCGAAGACGACUUCUACUCGGGACCCUUGCGCGGCAUCUUUUCGCAGCUCCGUCGCUCCAAUAUCUUGCAAGACGUGCAAAUUCUGUCGCUUGACGGUCUCUCUGUGACGGCAGAGCUGAUCCACGACAUCAUAGCCUCCUUUCCUGUGCGAAUCCUGUCCAUCCGCGGCGCAAAGAACCUGAACGAGCGAAAGCUCUGCGGCGCUUUGCAGUAUGCGUGCCGUGAGUCGAGACCAGAGGGAACGCCGCGGCUGAAGGGCCUGUAUGUAUUCGGUCCCGAAGACUGGCAUGUUGAAGCCUUGGAGAUGGGAGAAAAGCGCAAGCACAAGGUUCUAGCAGCUGCCUCGCCCGAGGAAGCCUCGCGGCGCUUUGCCCUUCAGAAGUCUCCUGAAUCUUGGUGGGGCCGUCGCGGCCCUCAGUUUCCGAAGCAUACGCCAGUCAGUUCGGACUGGGCGAACACGCUUGUCGCAUGCGCUGGCGUCGUCGCUUUCGACUCUGUCCUAUGCACCGGGCCGAGACACCUAAACUCUACCGCAUGGGGCUCCGUUAGCAUCACGGCUCUCAACGCCGCAAGUAGCUCGGAAGCUCCAAGCGUUCCCCACUAUGCCGUCGCGACGCAUAGUUUGGACGGGUGCGCCUCGUGCGGUUCGGCACCAGAGGGUUUUACCGUUUGGGGCGAUGAGGCGUUCGCAACAAAGCGUUGCCCUGACGAAAGGAGGGCAAGCGGCAGCGCGUCGCUCGAGACUGGCCAGUUCCCCCUGCUCGCCCCUCCGCCAAUGCAUUCCGCAAACCUCAAGGUAGCGAUGUGCCCUGCUGGACAACAGGUCAAGUCACGCCUCCCCUGGGCUCCCAUGGCGAAGAAGGAGCAGGCACGUUUUAUGCCACGCUGCGGUGACUGCAUACGGGACAGGUAUUGCCGAGGCUGCCAUCGAUGGUGGUGCGAAUCUUGCUACCUCGGGCCCCUAGCGGGAGGACCCAUAUCUCAUCCUGUAAGCGACCCCAUUCCUAAUACCAGUGGUCCCCGAGUAUCUAAGAGCUGCUGGGAAUGUGGGAUGAAUUGCCCUGAUUGCGCCAAUUUUACUCAGCUUUCGUGUCGCAGAUGCGGGGGCGGAUACUGUCUCGAACAUAAUGAAGGUUCAAACUUGGUCUCGGUAUGCCCUAGCCCCUUCGCUCAACGUCGGUAA